AUGAGUGAUGUUCUGGAAGUGUUUUGCCGUUUAAAGCCAUGCCCACAAUCAGAGUCAUGUGUGCAUGCAGUAGAUGAUACAUAUGUAAAAAUUGUACCACCAAUUGGAUAUGACAAAAGGGGGAACAUACCCUCUGAAAUUGUAUAUAAAUUUGCUGAGGUUUUUGAUGAAUCAUGCAGACAACGUGAUGUAUUUAGUCGUACAUCUUUAGAUUUAAUUCGUGGAGUUCUUAAUGGUGUUGAUGGAUUGUUAUUCACAUAUGGUAUAACUGGCUCUGGAAAAACACAUACUAUUACUGGAGAUCCAAGAAAUGCUGGAAUUCUCCCACGUGCAAUUGAUGUUAUUUUCAAUUCGUUACCUAAUCUUACUGAGAGGUGUGUAUUUUAUCCAACAAAUCUCAAUAGAUUUGGAGUCAGAUCAGAGACAGAGGCUGCUUAUGCUCGCCGUGAACUUCAAUUACCAGAUAUAAGAUCUUCUGCCAGAGAAUUUGAAUCACUGUCUAUAAAAAAUGUUCCUAUGUCAAUGGCUAGUUCCGUUUUUGUGUCGUAUGUUGAAAUUUACAAUGAGUAUUGUUACGAUUUAUUUGAUGAAGCUAUCACUGCUUCCGGUAAUCGUCUUAAUAAAACAAAAGAAAUUCGUGCUGGACCUAGAGAUGCUGCAUAUGUUGAAGGUCUUGUUGAAAUAGAAGUUACUUCUACAGAUGAAGUUAUGUGGCAUUAUGAAAAAGCUCAGGAAAGAAGAAGAAUUGCUGAAACUAAACUUAAUGCUCAAAGUUCUAGAUCACAUUCAAUAUUUCAAAUCAAAAUUGUGAUGGCACCAUUUCAAGACAAUUUAGAUCAUCCAGAUAUGGAUCCAAAUAAAAUUAUUAUUAGCCAACUAGUUUUAGUUGAUCUUGCCGGAUCUGAAAGAGCCAAUAGAACUGGGAAUAUGGGUGAAAGACUUAUUGAAGCUUCAAAAAUUAAUAAUAGUUUGAUGUGCCUUCGUCAAUGUUUCGAAAGAUAUCGUGCCAAUCAAAGAAGCCCUAAACAAGCUAACGUUGUACCAUAUAGGGACUCAAAGAUUACACAUCUUUUUAAGAAAUAUUUUCUUGGAGGGGGAACUAUACGGAUGAUUGUCUGUGUUGAUCCAAAAAUCGAUAAUUAUGCAGAGAAUAUGAAUGUGUUUAGUUUUGCAGAGUUGUCUCAAGAUAUUAAGAUUGAAUUGACUGAUGUUCCCGAUAUUCCAUCUAGUAACUUUCUUCCAUUUCCAAGGCGUGAUAUUCUCAAUUGGUAUAGGUACGUUGAGAAGAAUGUUGACAUGGACCCACUUAAAUUGGAUCUUUUUCCACCACCACCUAAAAGAAUUUGCUUAGAUGAUAGCAAUGAUACAAAUAUAUCACGAAUAGAAGAAAAUCUUUUAUACUAUAAAAAUAGGAUGGCAAGAAAAGCUCAACUUAUGGAUGUUUUUGCUGAUAAAAGAAGACAAUUUGGUAGUGAUCUAAAAACUGUUCUUUGCGAAAGAGAUUUAUCUAAAAUUAGAGUUCAAAAUCUUGAACAAGAAAACAAUGAACUGAAUCAUCGAUUAGAAGUUCUUCAUAAACAAGUACUUCAUAUUAAUAGGGAGAAUGCCGCUUUGAAAAGGAGACUUUUUGAGUAUGAGGAAGUUGAUGAAAAGCGCUACAUGGCUGAAAUGGAGUUAAGGAAAAAGAAUGCUUUGAUUGAAAAAGAUUUGGAAAGAAAAAAUCGUGAUUUCAGAGUUGUUAGACAAAUUUGCGAUGAUAUCUCAAUAACUGGUGAUACGGGACCUUCUGUGGCUGCCUUAGCUUCUAAAUUUGAUUCUGGUAAUAGUGAACCAAAAGUUCUUCGUCCACCUAUUCAACAAAAAGUUACUACAUUUGCUCCAGAUGUUAUUUCAACUUCAAAACAAGGAAAAAGAAAUGGAUACGUUAAUCCUAGAUAUCAUAGACGUUCCCGUAGUGCUGCCGGUCGUAUUUUAGAUCAUCAACCAACUAAUAGAGUACCAACAGGAUCUGUUCUUCAACCACAACUUCCAAGACUUGGUGUUAAGACAACAUUUGCACCAUCACCACGUGAUUUAAAAAAAUCUGAUGCUUAUAUAUUGACACAUCAAGAAGUCGACAACAAAGGAAAUAUUUCAACAAAUAUUGUUAAAGGAGAGUGUAUUCCAACAAGCGGAGGGGGUCGUUAUGUUGAAUUUACUGAUAUAGAAAAUCUUCAACACCAAUCUCCAAAUGUAUAG